AUGGAGCCAUCCUGCUCCUUUGGCACACAUGCUCCAGCCCGUCGGCAAAUAAAGGCGGCCAAAUUGAGAUUUCUGACUCUUGACUACUUUGGCUUGGGACUGGGCAGGAUACAGGCUGAGGCAUCUAAUCUGAUUGAGAAAUCUAUGGAAGGAUUGCAGGCUCUUCUAACUUCCACGCUGGUAAUGGUGGUGCUGCAAUGUCAAAACACCGCCAUCUUCAAGUUCUUCUCCAUUUGCCACCUCUUACUCUAUCCUGUCAUGCAUCCACUCACUCAAUCGGCAUCCAUCUAUGCUUAG